UCUUUCUCACCGCAGGUUACAUCCAGGCCUGCAGAGGACUGAUGAUCUCCGCUGUCUGCCUGGGCUUCUUCGGUGCUGUUUUCGGACUGGUUGGGAUGAAGUGUACAAAAGUCGGAGGCUCCGAUCAGACUAAAGCGAAAAUAGCUUGUUUAGCUGGACUGAUUUUCAUACUCUCUGGGUUGUGCUCUAUGACUAGUUGUUCCCUGUAUGCAAACAGGAUUACGUCUGAGUUCUUUGAUCCUUCUUUUGUUGCACAAAAGUAUGAAUUAGGAGCAGCUUUGUUCAUUGGAUGGGCUGGAGCUUCGCUCUGCAUAAUUGGUGGCAGUAUAUUCUGCUUCUCAAUAGCUGAAACCAGUAAUUCUCCAAGGAGGGGGUAUGCGUAUAACGGAGCCGCAUCUGUGAUGUCUGCUCGUACAAAGGUCCACAACAGUGUCCCAGACAAAACCCCACCAAGGCACUUUGACAAGAACGCUUACGUUUAAUUGUACUGUUGGAAGAUUCAAAGCGUUUUAAAAACGAGUUUGUAUGUUUCAUUCAGAGUGAUUUCCCCUCCCCUCAGCCCCUAUGUACUUACUACUAAGACAAUGACUUUUUAACAUGUUAACUUGCAGCUUUUUACAUAUUGAUGUAAAUUUUAUUAUAUAGUAUUUUAAGACUGAUGUUGGUGUUGUAAAGUUUAUACCUGGAAAUCAUGAGCUGAUGUUGCUUUCUCAACAAAAAUAAACGAGGUAUUCACCAAUUC